CCGUUUGUUAUGGAGAUGAAGGCUGUUGCUUGGACGUUUUCGUUAACACCCACUCGUGCAGCAUACGGUCGACACUCUGCAGUUCACCAGGGAGGACCAAAGACAGCAGCUCAUUUCAUGGGAUCUUUAAAGUUUAACCGGCUCAGUAGCCCGGUCUACAGAGCGGUGCUGUCGGGCGGAGACAUGGCGGCACUAAGGUGGGAGGUUCUGCUGUUCCUGGUGGUCGUCCUGCUGGUCCCAUGCGGCGCUGCGCCCACCGACAUCCUGUAUCGGGUUCCUGAGGAGCAGCCACCCAACACCCUGAUUGGUAGCCUGGCAGCGGACCAGGGCCUGCCUGACACUGGCCACCUCUACAAGCUGGAGGUGGGCUCGCCGUACCUGCGGGUGGACGGCAAGACUGGCGACAUCUACACCACCGAGAUCCCCAUCGACCGCGAGAUGCUGAGGGACUGCCGCAACCUGUUUGAGGGCGACAAAUGCUUCCUGGAGUUUGAGGUGUCGAUCACCGACAUGGUGAAAGGCAUCAGCUCGGGGCCGCGGCUGAUCGAGGGCCGCAUUGAGGUGCUGGACAUCAACGACAACACACCGCAGUUCUCCUCGCCCAUCCUCACCCUGUCCAUCCCCGAGAACACGCAUGUCGGCGCCCUCUUCGCCAUCCCCAUGGCCACUGACAGGGACUCCGGCACCAACGGUGUGGCCGAGUACUCGCUGAGCACCGGGCCGGACGCCGACCAGCUCUUCAGCCUGCAGGUCGCCGUAGACACGGAGGAGAAGCUGCCUCAGCUGGUCGUCAUGGGCAACCUGGACCGCGAGAAGAAGGACUCGUACGACCUGAACAUCCGGGUGGUGGACGGCGGCAAGCCGGCGAGGGCGAGCAGCGCUCUGCUGCGGGUUACUGUCAUCGACCAGAACGACAACGCUCCCAAGUUUGAGAGGAGUCACUACGAGGCCGAACUGCCGGAGAACAGCCCGCUGGGACACUCUGUGCUGCAGGUCAGAGCCAACGACGCAGACACCGGCACCAAUGGAGAGAUCGACUACAGCCUCCAUCAGGCGUCGGAGACUGUCCAGAGGCUUCUGCGCAUUGACCGCUCUACCGGUAUCAUCUACGUCAAGGGCUUGGUGGACCGUGAGGAGGAGAACUUCCUCAAAUUCUUUGUGGUCGCCAAAGAUCGUGGACCCAACUCCAAGAGCUCCAAGGUCCUGGUGACCAUCAACGUCAGGGACCAGAAUGACAAUGCACCAGCCAUCGAGAUCCGUGGUAUUGGCUUGGUGACACACCAGGAUGGUGUGGCCAACAUCUCUGAGGACAUGCCCAUUGGCACACCGGUGGCAUUGGUCCAGGUGUCAGACCGUGAUGAGGGGGAAAAUGCGGUGGUGACAUGCGUGGUUGCCGGUGACGUCCCAUUUCAGCUCCGACCUGCAAGCGAGUCAGCCAAUGAUCGGAAGAGGAAAUACUUCCUGCAGACAACUACUCUGCUGGAUUAUGAGCGUGUUAAGGAUUACAGGAUUGAAAUUGUUGCUGUGGAUUCUGGGAACCCAGCCCUGUCCAGCACCAACUCCCUCAAAGUCCAGGUCACGGACAUGAACGACAACACGCCAAACUUUUCCCCUGCGAUGCUCGAGGUAGACUUUGCAGAGGGCAAUCAGCCAGGUGACUUGGUGCUGGAUGUCUCGGCAACAGAUGCAGACAGCGGCACCAACGCAGAGCUGGAUUAUAGCAUCAUCGAGCUCUCGGCCGCCAGGCUCUUUGAAAUUGAUACCAACACUGGAGAGGUUCGUGUGAAGAACCUGCUGGAUCGGGAAGAGACUGAUCGUUAUGAGUUCCGUGUGGCAGCAGCAGACAAGGGCGUGCCUAGCAAAACUGGCACUGCUACAGUGGUGAUUAAUGUUCUGGACCGCAAUGACAAUGACCCCAAGUUUAUGCUGAGCGGCUACAGCUUCUCUGUCAUCGAGAACAUGGCUCCGCUCAAUCCUGUUGGCGUAGUGACCGUCACUGAUGCCGAUAAGGGUGAGAACGCCCGAGUGAGGCUGUUUGUGGAACCGGACAAUGGCAAGUUUGUCAUCCAGAACGGCACAGGAACCAUCCUGUCCAGCAUCUCCUUCGACCGUGAGAAGGAGAGCACCUACACCUUCCGACUGAAGGCUGUGGAUGCUGGUGACCCACCUCGAUCCUCCUAUGUGGGUGUUACCAUCAAUGUCCUGGACGAGAAUGAUAAUGCACCCUAUGUCACCAAACCAGCUAAUUCCUCCUACACAUACAUGUCACCUGUCACCCCACCAGACACCCGUGUGGAGGUGGUAGAGGCUGAGGACAUUGACUCUGGACCCAAUGCUGAGCUGCUCUACACCAUCACAGGCGGCAACCCGUAUGGCCUGUUCCACAUCUCUCCCAACAGCGGGGAGAUCACACUGGCGCAGGAAUUCACCGGCAAGCACAAUGGGCUGCACCGCCUGGUGGUAAAGGUGAGUGAUAAAGGCAAACCUCCCCGCCACACCACCGCCCUGGUCCACGUUUUUGUCAACGACACCAAGUCCAAUGUCUCCCUCAUUGAGGCGCUGGUGGGACACAGCCUCUACACCCCUCUGGACAGGGAUAUUGCCGGAGAUCCCAACUACGCCCUUGCUCAGCGCAGCAACAUCCUGUACGGCAGCCUCGCAGGUAUUGCUGGUGUGAUUCUGGUCAUUGUAGCAGUGGUGGUCAUCAGACACCGACUGCAGAAGGACACCAAGAGCGGCUACCAGGCCGGCAAGAAGGAGAGUAAGGACCUGUACGCUCCCAAACAGGGACCCAAAAAUGGCAAAGGGAAAAAGAGCAAAAAAGGAAAAGCUCCUAAACCGGCCAAGCCACUGGAGGAGGAUGAGGAGGCCAGCCUGCAGAAAGGCCUCAAGUUCAACCUCAUCAACGACAACGUCAACGACAGUCCCAGAAUCCACCUGCCCCUUAACUACCCGCCGGGAAGCCCCGACCUGGGCCGCCACUACCGCUCUAACUCCCCCUUACCCUCCAUCCAGCUGCAGCCACAGUCACCUUCUGCCUCCAAGAAGCACCAGGCUGUUCAGGACCUCCCCGCCACCAACACCUUCGUGGGAACGGGCGAUAACAACUCCACAGGCUCCGACCAAUAUUCGGAUUACAGCUACAAGGCCAACCCUCCCAAAUACAGCAGCAAACAGCUCCCCCACCGCCGAGUGACCUUCUCCACGGCCAAUCAGGCGCAGGACCUGCAGGACGCGUCCCAGCACAGCUACUAUGACAGCGGCCUGGAGGAGUCGGAGACGCCCAGCUCCAAGUCGUCGUCGGGGCCGCGAAUCGGGCCCCUGGCGCUGCCGGAGGACCACUACGAGCGGACCACACCUGACGGCAGCAUCGGCGAGAUGGAGCACCCGGAGAACGACCUCAGGCCUCUUCCCGACGUGGCGAUGACCGGUAACUGCACCCACGAGUGCACCGAGUUUGGCCACUCUGACUCCUGCUGGAUGCCCGGCGAGCCUUCCCCCAACCGCAAGGUGUCCAAGAACGCCCCCAAGCUCUCCACCUUUGUGCCUUACCAGGAGAUGGAUGGGCAAGAGCAGCUGAUGGCCAACGGCAGCCCCAAGCCCCUGACAACGGAGGAGCGUGGGACAGGCAGUGGUGGCGGCAGCAGUUCCAAAGUGGCCAACAUGCGGUACAUGACGCCCUACAGCAGUGCCUACCCUGGGGGCGGAGACUCGUCCGGUAAAGACUGUGGGCUGGAGGAGAUCCCGCUGAGCCAGGCGGUGGAAUACCACUCGGCCACCACUCCGACCGGCCAGACCUCCAAGAGGGAGAUCUACCUGUGAGGGCGCAGCUCUCCACCUUAACACCCCCAACACCCUCCCUACGCUCCUCAUCAUCCCCCCGUUGCUGCUCACCACCACCUGUCCCGCCCCCUCACUGCCGCCCCCUGUGCCUAUUACUCGCUGUGCCGCAGCACCGACUCCCCUUCUUCCUUUUUAUAACUGCAUCCACCGUACAAGGCUUUAGACCUGCGCCCACCUCACCCAAUGCCACCGCCGCCACCCCCCUCUAGAAACCAAUCAAAUGUAAAAUAAUUAAUUAAAAUCAAUUGAAGAAAACAUGCGGCUCCUGCUGCUGCGGAAGGAAUGUAAACUACACCACAUCGUUGUGAUAAUUUAAUGGGAAACUAUUUAGCUACUCACGUAUUUGAGUUGGAUUUUUGUGUGUUGCUUUAGGCUAUGUUGCUGUGUUGGAACAAAAAAGAAAAAACACCUUCGGGGGGAGAAGGGAAAGAACUUCUUGUAAAUCCUACUUCAGUAUACUGUGUAAUGCUAUCUAUCCUGAUUUUUUUUUGGAUUUAGAUUUGUUUGAUUUUGGUUUUCUUUUUAAUUUUUCUCUGUCAACUCCGGAGCCUCCGGGAAAUACAUUUUUGAGCCGAGUUGCAUCAAAUCAACUGGGCUUGUUUUUAUCAGGAACAGCUUGUCGUCAACGUAAGACGUUCGCAGAAACGCAGCUGUUUUCCAAUCUCCGGAGUUGUUGUUGAGUACGAUUUCAGGUCUGUUCAUUUUUUUGCCGUGAAGAGGUCUUUUUUCAGUGUACAGAGCUGUAAAUACUUCAAACAGUGACAGAGGAAACUGCUGUGUAAGUGUGGAUCCGUGGCUGACGUGCUGUCUGCAGAUCUUCAUGUAACGUCCGAUUGAUGGACUGAAAACCUUUGCAUGUACAGAGAAACGAUGCCACGGAAUUCGCCAUCACACUGCAGGAACCUGGACUCUUGAGCAUCACCGACGGUGCCGAGUUAAAAACACAAGACAUUUUUUUUUCUCUCUCCUCUACAACUUUACAACACAGUUGAAUUUGGGUUCACGAGGAGACAAAAUCAUUAGAGGGGCGCCGAUAGCAGUUCAUUCAGAACCGAAAGAAAUCUGAGUUCUAAAUGCUUCAGUCAGUGGAUCGGCCAAAGCUGAGUAUCAAAGUACCAAUUAUAUUAUUAAUGCUCUUGUCAGUAGUAUACCAUAAAAUGAAAACUUAACAUGAAUGUGUCGGUUAAAUGUAUUCUCACAGAAAAUUAUUCAAAAAUAGUCACAUGAAAACACAUCCAUUAUGGUUUUUCGUAUGUAAGAAUGAAAUUUUCCAUUUCCGAUAUUACAAUUACUUAAAAUUACAGCUGUGAACUUCAAUGUGAAAUUAUGUUCUCACAUUUCAAACAAAAGGUUCACAUGUGGAAAGUCUAAAAGUCCCGCUAGAUACCCCAGCAGUAAAAAUGUGCUAGCUUAACCAAUGUGAAAAUAGUUUUAAAUCAUCUGUUUUAAAUCAUUGUAAACUGAAUAUCUCGACAAAACAUUUGAAAACAUCGCCCUGGGCUCUGCGAAAUUGACGUGCAUUUUCCCUAUUUUUAGACAUUUUAAAGACUAAACGAUUAACUGAUGAAUCGGAAAAAUAAUUGACAGAUAAUACUUUGUUGCAACCCUAGUUUAUUGCAAAAGUUGUCUUUGUUCCUUACAGGCAAGGUACAAGACAAAAAUAUAAAGUUUGUCCUGAAUGUGGCGCUAGAGGAAAGUUUGAAAGCUCAUUGAAAUCAAAGGGGUUCAUCCUCUGUGGAGCAGGAAUGUGAUCAGUAAAUGUCAUGGCAAGCUGAUGCUUGGAUUUUGAUUUGAGUUAAAGCAGAAACAUCAAUAUUUACCUGAUGGUGGCGCUAGAAGAAAGAUCAGUGGGUCACCAACUUUUUCUAACUUCAUCCUCUGGGGAACAUGAAUAUUCAUGGUUAAUUUCAUCCAAAUCUGCCCAUUCGUUUUGGAGAAACUUCACCUCGUUGAGGAUCAAAUCAAGUCAAGUUUGGAAAAUUCAUCCUGAUGUUGGUGCUGGACGAAACGUCAGGGAGGUCAUCAGAGUCAUUAGGUUUCAUCCUCUGGGGAACAUGAAUGUCCACAGGCGGUUUGAUAUCAAUCUGGCCAGUAGUCGUUGAGAUAUCUUGCUAAAGUGUCGGACGGACGGAUCCACAUCACAGUUCUUAUUGGUGUUACAGAAUGUAAGUCUCAUACAACAGCUCAUUCUUCUUCAUUCUUAAAAAAACAUAAUAUCAGUUAGGAUUAAUGAAAAUAUUCACACAAGAAAAUAUUUGAAAGCUUAAUACACAAAAGACAUGUUCAAAAUGCCUGUUGUAGUGCAGCUGUAUCUUUGCUAGUACUGACAGUCCUGCAAGCAUCAGUGUACCUCUACACAUCACAGCUGUGGUGGUUUAAGUGUGUUGUUUAUGGUAACUGUGGUGAAUGUUUCCCUGCUGUGUUUUUGGGCUUGAAGGAAGAACUCUCUGGCCAGCGUCGCCUCUCGUUAGUUCCCACCUCUUUACCUCCUCAGUGUGAGGCCGAGCUGUUUGGCAUUUAGCAGAAGUAUUUAUUAAAGCUGUUAGCUCUGUGCAGCAGGGGAGGUGGGCGCCGCUUCCUGCAGUGCUGCAGUCGCACAGGAAUGCAGGAUUAAUGACACCAGGCUUCAGUCCACCGACACCCACUCCACACAGCGCAGCAGAGAAACUCUAAUUACAACCCGAGGCUCUGCACAUUACCUGCGAUAAUUUGCGCCUGUAAAACCAAGCUGGUUUGGAAGUUCAUUUAUUCUGAGCCCAGUGUUAAUGGCUGCUGAGGGUAAUGUGAGAUUUCACCUGUCCUGUAGUGAUGCACACCAGCAGAGUGUGCUGCAAAAAAAUCUCCCUAACAAGUCAUUUAGUCUCUUACUGAGUCCUGAAGUCUUAAAACAAAGCGAGAAGUCAGCCCAUGGAGAGAGAUCAUUUCACCUGUGUUACAAGUCAGUAAAAGAAUGGAUGACUGUAUGUUUUACCUAAGUAUCAUAUAUCUUUUUCAACCUUCUUGUUCUGGACCCAUUGUUGAUACAAAACUUGGUAGAGAGCUUAACCUUAAAUUAACUCAUGUCCACUUGCAAAAUGGGGAUUACUAAUUCAUUGUCCCAUUUACAAAAUAGACUUCAUAAAACAAGAAAGCGUUGUCAGAAAAUACCGCCUUUUAUCCAAAGCACGGUUGGUAAGCAGUGCAAACUCCCCCUCGACGUGCCAGCAACUAACCAAAUCAUAAAAUCAUCGUAAAGUCUGUCUUGAAGAGACCUGAACGAAUUUCUGAGGAUAUUACCAACAGCGCACAUACAAACAAUACAAUUGUAAUCACUCAGAGCAAGAAUGCGAAUAGAAUAAAAUGUGACAAACAUUUUUGAUCCAUUAUGAUUUUGUUGGAGACAGGACACCUCCAACCACAAACAAUGUCAGUUAUUACUCUUUGUAUCGUUCAUUUUUAAAUCACAAAUAUCUAAUAUUUGUAAAAGUUUCUUGGGCCAGCGAAAGACACUAAUGCACAUGUGCAGUGGGAGACAUGCAGUAUGCUAAGUAUGUACGUUAAAGGCGAUUAUCAUUUUUAGUGUUGAAGAAAUGUUUCCACUAGUCCAACAGGCUUCAUCCACUCCAGGGUGGAACACUGGGAAUAGAGAUCCCGGGAUUUUUCGGGGAUUAUUGGCAAAAUCUUCUUUCUUUUCCCUUCAGAGCAGGGGGAUAAAAGUCACCUCGUGUCCUGAUCUUUUUUGAUGAUUUUGCUCUGAUGAUGGAAGCACAUAAGCAGAUUUGUUGCGGUCCGUUAGCUGUAAAUAAAAUCCACAAAAAUUGAAGACAGGAGAAUUGAAUUUAUAUGACCAUUUGAGCGUUUGUUUUUUGGAAAACAAAAACAUCCAUGUGAGAGAACUUUGAAUGCAGACAGAAUCCAUUGUGUGCUGCUGUCCUGUACCUGAACCAAACUAUCCACCAUAGUUGCUUUGAAUAUUUCUUAAUUCCAUGGAGACAGGAUGGGAGUCCCCAGGAUCGGCCCUCUGCUUCAUGGGGAACCACAUGUGUUUGAUCUGGAGUUAGUCUUUGCUAUCUGUAGUAUUUAGAAGUCAAGCUCACCGCUUCCAAGUGGAGAAAUCAGCCUCAUUUUGUCUCGUUUCAACUAAUUUAUCAAUUUCUAGAAACUGCCUGAAACGAAGAGAGCUGCUGUGCGAUUAUCUCACCCCUGUUUGCAGAAAAGUCUCGACAUGUCAUUUGUUUUUUCCAGUGUGUGUGAUGUGAACAUCCACCCUCCAGAAUCACAGAGGGAACAUCAAAGCGCCGCCGCCGGGCCGCGACGCCUUCGAAGUCAAAACAGGCAGCAAAACGGGGCCAUCGCCGGGGUCGCUGAGGGGCCGCACUGUUUCGUUUUAUUAAGCAAACAGUCGCCUUCUCUGAGCGUAUCGGACUGCUUCAUUCCCCUGCUUUUGUUUAGUUUUUUUGAUGUCGUUGCCACACAUUUCAGCUCUGCCGCUUAAUUGGUUUUUAUUGUACAUACAUUUGUUUUUGAUGUGUGGAAGCUCGAUGUGUGGGGUGUGUGCGGAUGUUAACGCGAUUAAAAACACGAUUCCUCCGGUCUCUGAAGGUGAUUUGAUUUAUUGUCGACGUAUCUGCCUGUUCAGAAACCACACACACACACACACACAAACACACACACAGUCACAGUAUUCCCCUGCAGAUAAAUAAACCAUCAUUCAAUCGACGUUCAACUCUCCCAGUGACAGAGAUUUAGAGUUCACGGGCGCCGCCGUGGUCCCUCGCGCUCCCCGUCUUCCUCUGGUGAUUUAACGCUGGCGCUCAGAGGUCUGAUUGAUUAUUUACAGGCCCAACAUGGAGGUCCACAUCGACUCUCCUCCUUCCUUUUCCCCUUGCCACGCUUCACAGUUUCACCGUAAGCAAGUAAUUUUUUUCUUUCCCAUGAUGCCCGGCUGCCACCCAGCCGGCCGGUGGACUCCCAGGUGGCCGGUGUGUUAUGCUGUCUAAGGUAAAGAUAGAGGAGAGAGGUCGGAGCCAUGUAGCGUUAGUUUAACCUCGACUAUUUGGCACCAAUUAACCCCAGAAGAAGAAAAGCAACCUCUGGUGACCCCUGAUGACCUUUGGUGACCUCUGGCGUUGCUGUUGGCUUUACCUCACAGCAAACAUCAGACUGCUUGUGUGUGUGUGCCAACAAUAAUAAGAAAAAUAUCAGCAAUGAAAUACAGUACAUGGCCAAAAGUAUGUGGACAGUCACCCGUAUGUGACGGCUGAACAUGUGCUGCUCUAACAGCCUCCACUCUGCUGGUUUCAGCCUUUCCACCAGACGUUGAACCUGCUGCAGGGAUCUGCUCCCAUUCAGACACAGGAGCAUCACUGAGGUCCAACACUGAUGUUGGUGAUCAGGUCUGGCUCCCAGUCGGUGUUCCAGUUCAUCCCAAAGGUGGGGUUGAGGUCAGGACUCCAUGCAGGCCAGUCACAUUCUUCCAAACCAAACUGGGAAAACCAUUUCCCAGUUUGGUUGUCAUGUUGAAACAGGAAAGGGACAAACACAAGCUGUUGACACAAAGUUGGAAGAACACUGUCGAAAAUAUCAUUGUUUGCUGCAGCAUUAAGAUUUCCCUUUAUUGGAACGAAUUGUACAUUAUAUGGAAAGGGCUGACCACAUACUUUUGGCCAUGUCGUGUAUUCAUAAGUACAACAAAUUGUGCUUUACAUGUGAAAGUAGAGAAAAUUAAAGGACACUGAAAAUAUGACAGAUGAAAGUCAGUAAUCCUCUCCUCUAAGUAAUCAGAUUACAUCAUUUUAAAGGAAAAUUCCAUUUUUCUUAACAAACAAGGUCUUAUUGUUACCUAGACAUAACUAAGCCUUGGUUAGCAUGAACUGGUUCUUCUUAGAAAAUGUACAUCUUUUUGUAAGUAAGUCUACGCUUUGUGAACAUACUUAGUAUUGCAUUUCCAACCAUGUGCAUGUAUGUGUCUACACACACACAAUAUGUGUGUGUGUGUGUCUGUAUGCAUAGAGAUGGUCCUAAGCUUUUUGGUCUUGAGGCUUACUGUCAGACUACAAACACUUCCUGCUCCCUGGAGGACCACCUGAACCCCCAAUACACCCCCCAAUCCCCACCAGCACCACCUAGCCAUCAACCCCCAGGAGAUCUGCUGUCACACAAACUGACAGCCUCUGUGUGUGUGUGUGUGUGUGUGUGUGUGUGUGUGUGUGUGUGUUCAGCAGGUGUCUCUGCAUGCAGAGCUCCCACCUCCCGUCCCUCUGCUUUCACAUUCACUUUCAACUCUGCUUCAGUGACAGAAAAAAAUGUAUUUCUUCGCCAAAGUAUUGAAACUGUUUCACAUAAAUAUUCCAGAGAGAAAACAGCUGACAAAAAUAGAGAUAGAAGAAAUGAAACAGAAGUGUGAUGAUUCAUCUUCUCGUGGAGCUUCGGUCAGCUGCUGCUCCUCCUCUCAAUUAGUCGUCCAGUAGAUUUCUAAGGCUCCGUGAAGCUCUUCAUGUGUCUGAUUUAUUAUCUUUCAAAUAUCAGAAGGGACAAGAUAUUGAUUAGACAUCAGCGAUUUUGUCAGAGGAACGCGCACCUCUGAUCCGUCUGCACAUGAAUCUAAAGUUCCCUUUAUUUAAAAAACACAGCGCUGACGUGCAUCACUCACUAAUAAAAUGCAGUUAGUUUACCCCUAAAAUGAAUAGCGUUUUCAUUAAUUAAUUAAACACACACAGGUUUACAAUUAAAAUGCAGUCCUUCAUUUAAAAUGUUUCCCCCAGUUUUAAAAUGUAGUAUUUUGGCACUAAAACAUGUUGGUUAUUUUUAACAUAAAAUGCACUACUUUACUUCUAAAACACUUUAUAGACUUACUGAUUUCUGACCUGAAUGCAUAAAAGCUUGGGUUUGUUUUGAAAAACAUAUUGGUUUACUACUGACAGGCAUUAUUUAUGUAUGAAAUUCACUGCUGUACUUUCAGAGAAAUGUUUUGUAUCCUAAAACACACAGACUGCGUCUCAAAUUGUUUGUAUUUGCUGUGAUGUACGGUUCUUAAAGCUGCAGUCAAUUAUUUUCACAUCAACAAUGGAUCACAGAGACUUCUCACCGACUCUGCGGCUCUAUGGCGCUCUUUAGCCUCUUUUAGCUCCCAGUUUUGGUUUUGCAGCACACUUCCUGUCUGGUUCAGUCUCAGUGUUUCCAGCAGCAGCAGCAGUUUUCUAAUAAUCCCGCAGUACGCUAACUGCUCAGCAGCCAACAGCAGACAGACAGUCAGAGACCAGCUGGGGAGGAAAGAGGAACAUCUAGCAGCUACAGAGCCAGAUAUUGUUCUCAGGUUUUCGUGGAGACCAAACCAGAACUAAAAGGAGAGUGAAUACUGGACUUGAUGUUCAUCAGGUGACGCAAACAUUACUCACGAUGCUCUGAGUCUGCUGGAUGUGGAAGUAGGCAGCCGUUUGAUCACAUGUUAAAAGUAAUAACUUCAUAAAGUAAUAAUAUGUCAGAAUUUGUGUUUACAGCUUGUUCUGCUGCCCCCAAGUGGCCAGAAAUACAACUGAAUGCAGCUUUAAGAGCAAAUUAUUUACGCCAUUUUGUUUCUUCUCUGGUUUGUAAAUCUCCUGAGAACCAAUACUUUGAAAAUACACUUCAAAAGUACAAUUAACAAUAUUGUUUCAGUAACUCUGUCAUGUACUUUUGGCACCGUUUUUUAGGUAAAGGUUAGCUUCAGUCACUGACUUAAAUAAUGCCCUGGUUGAGUCCAUACAACAUGUCUCUCCCACAGUCACAAAAACUUUGUUGUAGACUCAAAGUAUUUCAUAAUCCAACAUUAGUUAAACAGCCAAAAGCAAAGGUCUUUAUUUAUUUAGAGAGAGUACAAGUUGAGACGCAGCCUGUAUUUCGUACUUUUAAUACUUUGAUUUCUUUUGCAUAAACACUGAUGCAGUUGUGAAACUCUUCUGGUCUCUUUAUAAAUCAUGUUGUUGUAGCUGUGAGUUCAGCCGUACGGUGGAAUCUGUUCCUAAAUGACAGUAAAACAUGAAUGUUCUUGGUUCCUGAGUCUGUGCAGUUUAAUCAAAGCUUCACUUACUGUUCAAAUACACACCGGGAAUUCUUUUUAUUCAGUGUUUUCCCCUCGACUGUUCUCCUCAGUCUGACUCUGUCAGUGAUAUUAUGAGUCUGUCAGAAACAUUAUGACUCAGUGAAAUCAUCUUUCCUCUCUUCUCUCUGUCCACUAAUAUUUAGUCUGGAACAAGUUUGUGCCUCUCAUGUAAUCAUUGUUUUUAUGUUUGGUACUUUUGCACUGAUGGUGUUAUUAAGUCGCAGAUAUAAAACGCAGCUUUCAUCAAAAUGAAAUGUAUAGCUGAACAAUGGUCAUUUAACUAAACUUGUUGGGUUUUUUUUAAGACAUAUCCACAAUCCAUAAAGACUUUCACCUGCUCCAAAGAUUAAGGCUCAUCUUCUUCCUUCUGGACGCGACUCAAAAUCCCAUUUUAAAGCCACUUUCAAACAGAUGCAAGCGCUUCAGUCUCACAGAUCCGUUUUCAUCAGACUGCUGAAGGAGUGCUCUUGGCACUGGCGAAAAGUUCAGGAUGGCAAAUUGAUUCCUUCACAAAAUGUGUUAUGUGCUUUGACACGAUAAAAUGUAAUAAAAAAAUCAAGAACUAAAGUUUUUUUUUAUUCCAUUUAAAAUAAUUCGACAUAUAUAUGUUAUAAAACAGCUCAAACUCCAUACACUGCACUUUGUUGCUAUUUUCAAAAAAAAAACGUUUAAACUCUUUUGUUUGUUUAGACACAGCUUACAAAUUUGUUGCUGAAAAUGCUUUAACUUUCUACUCUGCAGCCAUUUUAUGAUAAAGAUUCUGCAUUAAAAAAAAGGUAAAAAUCCCUCAGCUGUUAUAAAAUGGUACCUGUUGAAAAUUACUGGCGGGCAAAUUAGUAUUGCACUUCCAUAAAGUUGCGGGACGUACAGGAGACAGAGGUCGGGAUAUCCUGAACUUUAGCCAUUAGUAUGGGACACGCGACAUCAUCAGGGUUAUUUUCUCAGACUCCACGCAGCUUCUCCAGAGCCGCAUGAUACGACUAUUUCCACAGCCUGAGUAGUAUUCCCUGUGACUACUUAAUUGACUCUGACAAGUAAAAUCGGUAAGAAAACAUGAAGCUCCACAUGAAGCUCCACCAACCUUGUGAUGGUGUGUCACCUUCUUCUUAUACUUUGGAGGUUGUCAAGUUUCUGUGUCAUUUUUGGGCUACAAUUUCUACUUUGCAAUCAUGUUCCCAGUGGCUCAACGCCAAGAAUCUUUACAGAUGUAAACCUGCUAAGGCUCAAGGUUUUAGUUUGAUUUUCAUGAACGUAGUCGGUUAUUUCUGUGACUUUCAUUUAACUGAAUCCGUGCAAAACUCUGAAGUGCGAAGUGAUGGCAUGAGAGCAGCAGACUUGUUCUUUAUGAAAUCAUGUGAAAACGUUUGGAGUGGUUUGCUGUUUUUUGGUUGUGUAUUAUACUGAGGCUGGAGUCUCUGAAAACGAGGAUUCAGCUGAGCAUGAAACAAGCCAACUUUAUAAAUAUUAUACAUUUUUGUUGUUGUCGCAGUUGUUUUAUCAAUGUUAUGGAAUCAACACUGCUAUAGACAUACUGUAUGAAUAUAAUGGUCGUUGCUGUUUUUUACCAGACGCGGCGGUGUAUAUGAUGUUUUCUGAGCGGGCAGACUGGACUCUGUGUUUUCUAUUUCUUUAAUCCAUUCUGCUCAAAAUCAGUGAUGUCAGCUGCGACAAGCAGCACAUUUGUUUUCACCCUAAACCCCAAACAGGAAGUUUCAAAACUACAGAAGCUGAGAGUGGCAGUGAAUGCUAACGGUCAUUUUAGGGUUUAGGGUAUCUCGUCAUCAUGACUUAUCUCAAUCACAAGAUUAUGGUUUGAUUUCCCAGGAUAUGAGACAAUUAGCCUUAAAAUUAAUGUGAGCACCACGUGAACGAAAAUCUUAGCCUUAUGAAAGGAGAUGGACACGUACGCAAUUCUGUUUAUAAUACAUUAACACAUUUCCGGGCGUGGACAGUCCAUUUGAACGCUUGCAGACAGAAGAAAUUUACAUCAUGCAUCAAAUUUACACAAAAAAAGAAAGAAAAAAUAAGAUAAUUAUGUCAUAAUCAUGAGAUAAUGUUUGAUAUCUUUAGAUAACGAAAUUACGUCAUCAUCUCAGAAUAAUAAUCUUAAAUUUAUUACAACCACAGCUGCAUAAUUUACUCAUUGCAAAAUGUGAGAUAAUAGUUUGAAAUCUUAAAAUGACAAGAUAUUUGUUAUCUUGGUCCAAUAUUUGUUUUUUUAAAUAUGACCUCCACCAAAACAGAAUGUUAUGGCGCUCUGAAAGUCCCGAAAGAUGAUAUUUUUCAAAAAACUAAUAAAUAAAAAAAGUCAGGGGCUCCAUGAAAUGUAUCUUGAGAAAAUAAGAUAAUUUGUAAUCAUUUGAUAAUUUUGAGAUAAUGGCAUUAAAUAAAAUGGUUAUAUCAGUUGUAAAACAAAAAUAUAGGCACAACAGAUAUAAUUUUAGCCUGUAAAAGUAAAAUGUCAUCACAAAAAAGCUUAUUAUUAGUGGAGAUAAUGACUAAUUAAACAAUGAUCUUGGGAUAUGGUGUACAAGGGGAGGUUAGGACCCUGGUGCACUGAAAAGUUAGAUGAUUGAUUUUGUGAUUGUAAGAAAAAAGGUUUGUCAUCUUGAGAUAAUUUCGCUGUGUACCGGCAGAUAACAGGCCUAGGAAAAACCCGACCAGGUCGGCUAGGAGCUUCCGUACAUCGAGGACGGAGUGGAAAAAUAUUCAGUUGUUUUUCUUUUUAACUGGAAUAAGAAAACAGCAGGACAGAGCUGCCGAAUCACUUUUGUCUUUACAGGAAGUCCAUGUUUGUAGCCUAAUUGUUGGUUGGUUAUAUUUAUAUAGGAACAAUGCUAGUGAUGCCUUGUUUUUUGUACAGUUUUAUGUACAUGGAAGUGUAGGUUUUUAAAAAAAAAAAGAAGAUGAAAAUAUAUAUAUAUUCAAACAACGUGAAGGAAAUCUGACCCUGAACCUGUAGGAUUAUAUUGUCUGAAGUACCGUAGGCUCUAUUAAACGUAGGAGUGAUGAGUCAGGCUCAGAGCGGAGGACGACAACGUCUCUCCUCCAAUCACCUACCGGCUUUACCGCUUUCCUUUCCGUUCUCUCAUGUUCGUCCAGGCUGAGUCCGAAGACAAACUGUACAUUUCUUGUUUCUUUGUUUCAUUGUUUUUUGGGUUGUUUUUUUUUUUUUGGUCUUUUAAUUUUCUUGGAGGAAGUUGGGUGAAGUUUGUUUGAGCCUCAUCUGUUCUCUUUUGAUCAGCAUCUGCAUGUUUGAAUUUUAAAAAAGUGUGGUCUUUUAUUUUUGCUGAGCAAAUCAAAGAAAUGAUAUCUUGUAAUUACUCCUUCCUUAUAGCUUUACAAUAAAAUACAUUCAGUCAAAGGAA